AUGGCUACGUGUUCCCCGACCGAGCCUGUCCCUAACACUCAGGUUUUGGAUGCUCUGGACAUUCAAGAUGAUGACUCGAUUAUCCGUAAUCAGGACGAGGCUGAGGCUAUCCUACAACCAGCCCUGAGCGCAGUUGCCAGGCAUUUGACUUCACAAAAUACGCCGACAAUCGAAAAAGCCCUGGCAUUGGACAAGAGUGGAGGAGCUUUCACCUCAAAUACCACAUUCUAUCCCUCCGCCCAGUUCCUCAAAGCAACUGCCGACUGGCCAGCCGUCAAGCUAUCCUCUACCUUCACCGUGGCAAUCCCAGUCAAGGCCAUCCCCGGUCAAGAGUUCUUCAAACAGAGCGUCCGGGAGCGUGUUGGGAAGUGCUCUAAGCCCAGCCCGAAACCGAUCGAGGUCGACAGGACAAGAGGCAUUGAGGAGGCUCCAGAAGGCCCUGCCCUCCCUCAGUCCGCCAACUCAUUUGUUACCUUCUAUGCCCACUUCCUUCUUCUCCAACUCCAGCGACAAGGUCAACACAGGCAAUUCGAGUAUCCCAGGCCGCCUCCAAUCACGUCGAGUUCCUCCCAAUUCAUCCCCUCUCUCGCAAACGAGACCAAGGCCUUCUCCGCAUCAGGGCCGGGGGUUGGCUCCGUCCGCAGUGUCUCCAUCGCGCCCCAAGGCUCUACGACGAGCGAUGAUGAAAGCUUCCAGGAUGUGCGUGAAAUGGUCAAUAUUCGAUUCAUGGCGUUAAAGGACAGCCUUCCUGAUGUGCCCAAUUUCAAGAUGCCCAGUCUUCCCAAGCUUUAUAACCAAGCAAGAAGAUCGACACUGUCUCUCAGUGUAGUCGACUCUUCCGACGCUCAUGGAACUCACGGCCGCCUCUCCAAAGAAACCAGCACCUCCUCCAAAGAUGGAUCGGCCAUUCUUGAUCGGGUCUUGGAAGGCCUCACUGGCGAUGUCGUCAUCAUGGGUGGUUAUCGAGGCUCUAUUCUACGGUCAGCCGAGGCGCCUCACCAACAGGUCUGGGCACCUGUGAAGCUCGGCCUGAAUAUGCGAAAGGUCAACUUGGAAGUAGGCUUGGAAGAUGAAGACGAGGAGAGAAUGGAGGAAACUAUCAAACCUGAUGGAAUGUUGAAACACAUUGGGCCUGUCGACAUUUCUCGCAAGUUUAUCAAGAAACUGCGCUCUUGCGAUAACGCCAGAACGGGGAAACUACGCAUAUGGGACUACGGUUACGACUGGAGACUAAGCCCACCGUUGUUGUCUCGGAAGCUGCAAGAAUACCUUCAAAAGUUGCCCUCAAAUCGACCAGGAACUCCAACCGAGUCCCGAGGGGCCCUCGUUAUUUCCCACAGCUUGGGUGGUCUCAUAACACGGCACGCCGUUAACCAGCGUCCGGAUCUCUUCUCAGGGGUUUUAUACUGCGGAACGCCACAACGGUGUAUCAACAUCCUGAACCCCCUGCGUCACGGUGAUGUGGUGCUCCUGAACGAAAAGCUCCUCACCGCCAGCGUCAACUUCAGCAUGAGAACUUCGUUUGUCUUCCUACCAGAGGACGGGUUCUGUUUUGUGAACAAGACGACUGGUGAAGAGUACCCAAUCGACUUUUACGACCCGCAGGAAUGGAUCAAGUGGCAUCUUAGCCCGUGUAUGCAACCGGCUCUUCCUCCCUACAACCGCCCACACUCGUCGUCGCUGUCGUCCUUCUUCCCGAACUCGCUACGCACCCGCUCCGAUAGUAAGAGUGAGAAGCAGCCCCCUUCUCCUUCGACAAUUGCCCGAGACCGCAACCCUAUCGCACCCCAACUCGACGGAAGAGGCGCACAUGUAGAUGAACCGCUACCCUCAGACCCCGAGCGCCAGCGCUACCUCGAGUACCUAACCCGAACCCUUAAGAUGAUCCGCAAGUUCCGUUCCGAGCUCGCGCAUUCGCCAUCGCAUCAGGAAGUCAACGCAUAUCCUCCACACGCCGUGCUAUAUGGCAAGAGCAUACCCACCGUGUACGCCGCUCAAGUCACCAGCCGCGAUGCCAUCCCCUGCUUGGACGCCUAUGAUGAUCUCCUAUUCCGGCCGGGUGACGGCGUCGUUCUGGCCAAGGAGGCCAUGCUUCCGGACGGCUAUUCGGUCGUUCGCGGUGGUCGGGUCUGCACAGAACGUGGCCACAUCACCAUGCUCGGCGACUUGCCGGCCGUGGGUCGGGCUCUCGAGGCGCUGGUCAGGGGUCGCCGGAAGGGCAUAGGGUUGGGGGUAGGCGGUGAUGGGGCCAACGAGGCGGUUAAGCAGCAGGUUCCGGCUGAGUCGGGGUAA